CCAAACUCCAUCUCCUUCUAUCCUUUACACAUGCAUUGCCUCCCUUCAUCGCCAUGAAGGCAAUAUCUACUCCAUAUCAGUCUCAAAAGGAAUAGUCUUCACUGGCUCAGAUAGUAAGCGUAUUCGUGCAUGGAGGCAGCCAGACUGCAUGGAGCGCGGUUGCAUCAAAUCAAGUUCAGGCGAAAUCCGAGCCAUUUUAGCUCAUGGUAAUAUGCUUUUCACCGCACAUAGAGAUUGCAAAAUUCGAGUUUGGAGCUUCACAGCACCAGACACUACUUUUCGGACCAAAAAGAUUUCAACCAUGCCCAGGAGAAGCUCAUUUCUUUCAUUCCCAAGAACAAACAGUCAACAACAUAAAGAUUGUGUAUCUUGCAUGGCUUAUUACCAUGCGGAGGGGCUUUUGUAUACGGGUUCGUAUGACAGAACAGUUAAGGCUUGGAGGGUUUUGGAUAAAAAAUGUGUUGACUCGUUUGUGGCCCAUGAAAGCAAUAUAAAUGGAGUGGUGGUGAACCAAGAUGAUGGAUGUGUCUUCACUUGCUCGUCUGAUGGCUCUGUCAAAAUAUGGAGGAGAGUAUAUAGAGAAAACUCUCAUACACUCACCAUGACAUUGAAAUUCCAACAAUCACCGGUAAACGCCUUAGCCUUAAGUUCAUCAUUCAGCAAUUGCUUUCUAUAUUCAGGUUCUUCUGAUGGUACCAUAAAUUUUUGGGAGAAAGAAAAGAUGUCAGGUAGGUUUAACCAUGGCGGGUUCUUACAAGGCCAUCGAUUUGCUGUUUUCUGCUUAGUGGCUAUAGAGACGUUGAUAUUUAGUGGCUCAGAGGAUACGACCAUUAGGGUGUGGAGAAGAGAAGAAGGAAGUUGUUUUCAUGAGUGUUUGGCUGUGUUAGACGGGCAUAGAGGGCCUGUGAGAUGUUUGGCUGCUUGUUUGGAGAUGACAAAAGUAGUGAUGGGGUAUUUGGUAUACAGCGCAAGUUUGGAUCAAUCUUUUAAGGUAUGGAGAGUUAAAGUUAUGCCUGAAGAAAAAACGUGCUUAGAUUAUUCGGAUCGUAAUGACUCAAAGACGAAGAUGGAGUAUGAGAUGAGUCCUGUGUUGUCUCCUUCAUGGGUAGACAGGAAGAUUAGAAGUAAUUAUUUUCAAUAA